GGCAACAUGUAUUUACCUAUGAUAAUUUUGCAAUGUAAGAAAAAAUUAUAUUUUUUGUGUCGUCAAUUGGAUGAUUAUAUCGCAAAUUAAUAGUCUACAAAGUGAGUGUUGUAUUAAACGGCAGUAAAACAUUGCAAAAAGUGCAGUAUUGUAAGAAACCUGAAAUCUUAUCUUAAAUAAUGAGUACCUCGUGAUAAGAAAACGAUACUUUCAGUCAGAUAUUUACAACUCAAACACGCACGAAGGCUGCAAUUACGUGUUUGUUAUUCAAGUUUGCCGAGCGUAUAAUAAACUAGUGUAGUGUACUAAUUUUGCGAAAAAAAAAUCGAAAUAAAUAUUUCGCCCUUUCGUAAUGACACCAAAAUACAAUUACCACUAAUCUAAUCAGGGCAAUUCACGUUCGAGGAAUUUUUGUCUCAAUAAACUACUUCACGUAAGUAAUCGCUCGGUAUUUAGCACACGGUAAUCGCGACGGAAAAUGUGGUGCUCAAGUCUAUUUGGCAAAAGCAAAACUUAUGUCAUCCAAGACAGUUUCAACCAUGUGCCCAAACAAAAUGGAACCACACGAAAACCAAAACCACCUCAACCCGUGAAACCAGAACCAGAAACUCCGCCGUCAACUAUUACACCCACGAGUAAAACUCCGCCUUUACCUGGCUCAAAAACAAGCAAAGCUCCGCCUCCACCCGUGCCAGAAAAGAACGAAGAUCCGCCUUCAUCUGUAACUCCGCCCCCCGACGUCCCCGAUUCGGACACUAUUUCAACCGAUACUCAAAUCGACUCGACUGGAGAAAGUGUAAAAGUGAACCACGAACCAGAAGAAGGGAGUGAGCGAAGGCCGGGUCUUAUUCCUUUACCAACAAAUUUUGACGAAAACUCGUCAGAAGACAUUGAAAAACACCCGAAAACAAAAGAGGAUGAAAAACUGAUUCGGGAAGCGGUCGAACGGAGCGAUUUCCUUAACAAGAUUUUAAAGGGGGAUUUGUUGAAAGAAGUGGUCGAUGCCAUGUACCCACGCGAGGUCAAAUCAAACGAAAUUAUAAUAAAAGAAGGCGAGAAGGGGACUCACAUGUAUGUCUCGGCCGGGGGCCAAUACGAAGUCUCCGUCAAGAGCAAAGGAGUGGUGAAUACAUUCGAAGACAUCCGAAUUUUUGGUGAAAUGGCAAUCCUGUAUAAUGAUAAAAGAAACGCGACGAUUAGAGCGAUAAAAGCCGGGAAAGUCUGGGUUUUGGACAGGUCCAUAUAUCAGAAACUGAUGGUCCGAUUUAACAUCAAGGAGCAGGAUGAGAUGCUCACCUUCCUCGAAAACGUUCCAACUUUGAAUAAAGUCGGAACUAAAGUCCUCCAAAAAGUCACGACUUUGCUCAAAGUCAAGUAUUUCCCUCCGGGAGCUACAAUAGUGAAGCAGGGUGACCGAGGAGACAAGUUUUACAUAAUUCGGGCUGGGACGGUGACCAUCUCAAAGGAGGGCGAAGGCGUAGUGGGGAACUACGGCAAGGGAAAGUAUUUCGGCGAAUUGGCCCUCCUCGACGAGGAGUUCCGCCAAGCUACAGUUACGGCCGACGCCCCCGAAGGGGUGGAAUGCCUCACAUUGAAGCGGCAACAUUUCCGAGACCACUUCGGAAAAAUAACAGAAGGCGGAACCGUGGAGUACACCCCCAAGGCGGGGCCCAAAAAGAGCGAAAUCGUGCGCGAACACCAAGACAUCGAACUCAAAGAUUUAACCAUUUUGACGACGCUAGGAGUUGGAGGAUUCGGACGCGUCGAGCUCGUCCAACACAAGUCCAAAAAUCUUAUCUUCGCACUAAAAUACUUAAAAAAGUUUGAUAUGGUCGAGCAAAACCAACAGGAACACGUUUACAACGAGCGAAACAUCCAGUUAGAGUGUCGCUCGAAAUUCAUUGUACGACUUUAUAGGAGUUAUAAGGACGCACGGUAUAUUUAUUUCCUCAUGGAGUCGUGUCUGGGGGGCGACCUGUGGACCCUCCUCCAGAGGCAAAAAACGCGCCGUUUCGACGAGAAAGACUCCAGGUUCAUCGCUGGGUGUGUCCUUGAAGCUUUUACAUACCUUCAUGAAAGAGAUAUAGUCUACAGAGACCUGAAACCGGAGAACUUGCUCAUAGACGAACACGGUUAUGUAAAACUGACAGAUUUCGGAUUCGCCAAACGCCUGGGGGCCCGAGGUCGAACAUUCACAUUCGCAGGAACUCCCGAAUACGUCGCCCCUGAAAUUAUUUUAAGUCGAGGACACGAUAAAAGUGUCGAUUAUUGGGCUUUUGGUAUUUUCAUUUUCGAGCUGUUGACUGGAAGGACUCCAUUCCGGACGAACGAUGCAAGUCACAUGAGGACUUACAAUAAAAUUUUAACCGGAAUUGACAGUGUCGAAUUCCCGAGUUACGUCUCGUCCAAAGCCCGGAAUAUUAUCGAGAAAUUAUGUAGGGCCAUUCCCAGUGAACGAUUAGGGUGUCAGAGGAACGGAGUUAAAGAUAUUAAGUCCCAUCGUUGGUUCCUGGGCUUUGAUUGGGUCAAACUCAACGAAGGCAAGCUAACAGCGCCGUUUAAACCCAAACUCAAGUCCAACACCGACACGAGAUAUUUUGAACAAUUCAAAAAAGAUAACGAUUGUCCCCCGGAAGAAACAAGUGGCUGGGAUGAAAAUUUCUAGUACUCUAAAGUUUACUCAAUUUGAUGAUAUCAUGUGAAUUAUUUAUUAUAAGGUGUGAAAAUAAUAAAACAAUUAUCAAAGU